AUGCCUUUACACUUUAAUAAAGUAACACAAUUCUUGCUGUUGUUAUUACAGAGAUGCAAGCUUCUAAUAGUGAUUUGUAACAUGGAAUUUGGUAAUCAAACCUUUUUGAAUUAUUUCAUCCUGAUUGGACUUCCUCAGAACUUGCAGAUUUCUGUUUUACUGUUUUUUGUCUUCAUACUGAUUUAUACACUAACUGUUGUGGGGAACAGUUUUCUGAUAUGUGCUAUUAUUAUCAGUCCUAAAUUACAUACACCUAUGUACUAUUUCCUGUGCAAUUUAGCCUUCAUUGACUUGAGCUACCCAUCAAGUACUCUUCCAAAAAUGUUGCUGGAUAUGUUUUCUAAGAGAAGGACAAUAUCCAUCAUUGGGUGCCUGACACAGAUGAACACUACUCUGUUUCUAGGAAGUACUUUGUGUAUACUGCUGGCAGUGAUGGCGUAUGACCGUUAUAUUGCUAUACGCUUUCCUUUGCAUUAUGCAGAAAUAAUGAAUUGGAGGACAUGUAAAAUCAUUACAGUCAUUCUAUGGUCAGGAAGUUUCCUUGUAGCAACUAUGCCUAUUAUUGCAAGACCUCUUGUUUUCUGUAGAGAAAACAUAUUGGACCAUUUUGCUUGUGAGGUAUUGGUGCUCCUAGAGGUGGCAUGUGGUGAUCUCAGCUUUUAUAAAAUAACUAUGUUUGUGGCAAGUUUAUUUACACUAGUAACACCAUUUAUUUUCAUUGUGGUGUCCUACAUCUGUAUCCUUGUAUCCAUAUUAAAAAUCCACUCAGCAGGUGGAAGGUCUAAAGCUUUUUCUACCUGUGCCUCUCACCUGACUGUGGUGCUACUGAUUUAUGGGACCAGUAUGAUCAUGUACAUGGGACAAACCAAAAGUUUUUCAUCCAACCUAAAGUAUAUUGCUUUAAUUUAUGUUCUUGUGACUCCGGUAUUAAAUCCUUUAAUAUACAGUUUAAGAAACAAUGAGGUGAAAAAAGCAUUUAGAACAAUACUGACCAAGUAUUCUAGUUCACGGAUUGUACAAUCAUUUCACAAUGCGAGCUAA